AUGUCCUCUCCAGUGGUAUCCCCGUUGCCGCAAAAGAAGCACAAAAAGCACAAGAGCGAAAAGCGCGAGAAGGACGACAAGCCGGGUCUAAAAUUGAUAUUGAAAGUCGGUUCGCAGGCGACUCCAGAACACAAUACAGAAUUCGCGCAGACUUUGCCAGCAAUCGGCGAAGGAUUGGACGAACAAAUGCAGAUUGAUCCCAACGACCCCUAUUUCGGACUCUCUCGGAGCCAUCACAAGAAAUCCAAGAAGAAAAAGAAAAAGAAAGACAAGAAUAAAGACAGGGAGAAGAGGCACAAACAUCACCACAAGGAUAAAAAGAGAAAACGAGAAGAAAUCGAAGAGAACAACGACGAUUUGACGGUUUACCCGCAAAUCGGAAGCCCCGGACGCGAAUUGCGAACGUGCGUUAUCAAAAAACUCCAAGAACGAACGCCCCUUUCGAAGGGUCUGGAUCACCUAUUGAGCCAACUAGAGAAGAAGGACCCGCAGAACUUUUUCGCGUGGCCCGUCACAGAAAACAUCGCCCCAGGUUACUCCUCUAUAAUCACCAACCCCAUGGAUUUUAGCACGAUGAGGCAAAAAAUCGAAGACAACCAAUACGCUAACCUAGACCAAUUCAUAGAAGACUUCAAGCUUAUGUGUACGAACGCCAUGAAAUACAACCACAUCGAUACGGUGUAUUACAAGGCGAGCAAGAAACUCCUUCAAGCCGGUUUGAAGAUGAUGGUGCCGGACAAACUCGGUUGGAUGCUGAAUUUAGUGCCGGAGAUAACGAGCGAAGACGUAGGCUUCGAAAUAACGGCGGAAUUGAGAGCGGUAAGGCAGCAGGACGACCACGAGGACAGCGAUCACGCGCAGGAGAUCAAGAAGAAAAUGCCGGCCACGAAAUUCGAAGCGGUCGCCGAUGAGCUAACGCCCGAGGAGAUCCUGACGAAGUCCCAAAUCGCCGCGAGAACGGCCCGGGCGAAACUGCUGAUGAAACGCGGUUGCCCGAGCAUGAGUUAUCUCAAACAGAAGAAGGACGGUACCACUCACCUGAGCAUACUAGUCGGAGGCGACGGGGUGAUACCGGGCACGAAGAAAAGGCCUAUUUUGCUGGGGCAAUUGUGCGGUAAAAUCAGCGAGGGAACGAGCCAGAUCCAGGGAUUCAGAGAGGACAGAAGGAAUACGGCCAAGCCCAUUAAACCUCUGUAUUACGGGGCGUUCGGGUCGUAUGCUCCGAGCUACGAUUCGGCGUUUUCGAAUCUCACUAAAGAGGAAAGCGACUUGGUGUACCAAACUUACGGUUCCGAUACUGCCGUUCAGUACGCGGAAAGUCUGCAGGACUUUGUAAAAGACUCCGAUUACGCCACGCAUCUGGUCGAUUCCCUGCUCGAUUUACUCACCGGCGGCGAUCACUCGAAAACGAAGAAAGGCAUCGAAGAAAACAAGAAUCUGAGAGACGAAGAACAAGCAGUCAAAGCCAUGUUGGAGGUCAAACCCAUCGAUGCUGUCAAAGUUAGCGUGGACGAAUUAAAGAGCCUCAACGAUAUAGGAAUAGACGUGGGUUUCCUGGACACCAUGGACGACGAAAUCCGCCUGGCCGAAGAGCGCCACGAGCUCCAGCAGCGCCUCGACGGCAUGUGCCUGCUGUUGGAGAAGCUCCAGAACAACCAGUACCAGCGGCUGUCGACGCCGGUACCGACGAAUCUCAACAAUUGCCCGCCGCCCAGCGAGGAGGAGACCCAAAUAGCCGAGACGAUCACCGAGAAUCUCUCGGAUAUCGUGAAGCGGGCGAACCCGGCCGACGUGGCCACCGUGCCCGCGAUCAGGAAAGCCUUGGGAGUGCCUAUGCCCGACGUCGCGACGGUGCCUAACGAGGUGGUUAACAUCGAUUUGGAGUCGGAGUUGAGGCAGUUUUUGGAGAGCGAUCCCAGCUUGGCGCCCAGUCCGCUUCGAGACGACAAAACCAUCGAGGAAAUGUUGCUGGAUUGA